AUGGCUAAUCUCUCAUCACCCCUUUCCGCUCUGACGGACAACUCUGUUGCUGCUGCUAUUAAAGAUGCAUACGGGUUAUUUUCUGAGCGAAGAGCGGCCCUGGGCUUGCCAAACCCCGGGACAGUCGACAACAUCGCCAGGGAGGUACAAAAAGAGGUUUUGCUAUCGAAUUUCAUGUUUACAGGACUUCGUGCAGACCUUACCAAGGUCUUUGGCAUGACGCCUCUUUUCAGAAUGUCCCACGCCUUCGCCAUGGGUUCAGCUGGCAACAUGCCUCCAUAUAACUUCAGUGCCAUGUAUGGAACACCAAAGGUCUUUCUGCAAGGAAACGUCGGCAGUGAUGGUGGUCUCAAUGCCGUUGGCAACUACCGCUGGAACGAAUCAUUGGUGACCAAGACGAAUGCCCAGAUCAUGUCCGGUGGUGCACAAGGAAUUCUGCAGAUUGACCAUGAUUACACUGGCUCGGACUUCUCUGCUUCUAUUAAGGCUUUCAACCCGUAUCCCUUUGAGGGCGGUCUGACCGGUAUCUUUGUCGGAAGCUACCUUCAAUCCGUGACACCCGCCCUGGCCCUUGGAUUCGAGGCAAUCUGGCAGCGACAAGCACUCAACGCGCGUCCCGAGUCAACCCUUUCCUACUGCGCGAAAUAUCGAGGUGCGGACUGGAUUGCGAGCGCGCAACUACAAGCUCAAGGAGCCAUCGCCGCCUCGUACUGGAGGAAACUUUCUGAGCGAGUCGAAGCUGGUGUUGAUUUGAACCUUCAAUUCGCUCCAAGUGCUGCUGCACUCAUGAUGGGCGGACCAAGCAGGGAAGGAACUGCCACCAUUGGUGCCAAAUAUGAUUUCCGCGCGUCCACGUUCCGUGCCCAAGUCGACAGCGCCGGAAAGGUCAGCUGCCUCCUUGAGAAGCGGAUAGCUAUGCCCAUCUCGCUCACCUUUGCCGGAGAAAUCGACCAAGUCAAGCAACAAGCCAAGGUCGGUCUCGCUGUGUCGCUCGAGAUCGCUGGUGAGGAGCUCAUGGAGCAGCAAGAGAAGGCGGAAAGCCAGGGCACCAUCCCUCCUCCGUUCUAA